AUGCCCCAUCUACUCAAGAUACCGCUCGAGCUUAGGCAAGAAAUCUUUCACUGGGUCAUCUGCUCGCUGGUAGAGCCACCUGAAUCUCCUGUUGUGGAACAAGAGCACCGCCAGCCCCUGCCGUAUGGUGAAUAUCUCCGCCAAGGCAUCUGGAAUGAGGGGGACUUUCUCAGUCGCGCCAUUUGGCAUCGAGCACCGACAAACCCUGCGCUCUCUCUGCUUCAGGUGAACAAACAGAUACAUGACGAAGUCAGCCGUUUUCUUCGACACGUCCCAACAGACUGCGAUGUCGACAUCAUGUACGUCAAAGAGUCCGGUCUGUGGCCAACUUGGUCAGUUCCCAAGCUCCCUGAGACACAGUACAUCGACUCCGUCCGUGCAACCUUCCGAAUCUUCAAUCAUCCCGAAGACCUGGGUGAGGCAUUUUGGUACAAGGGAAUGUGGACACGAAUGAUGUAUCACUCGCCUACCUUUCAUAGGGUCUUUUACGGACUGCUCACUAGCUUUCUUAAACGUGGGCCCGGCCUGUUAGACCGUACUCAUCCCGAGGAUGACGAAAGCAUCUCCCCCAGAUACAUUGUCAGGAAGAUCUUCAUCGACAUUGUUGCACCUACCGAUGGAACUCAGCAUAGCAGUAUUCUCAUGGAUGAGAGUCGCUACCCGAAGGGUAGGAGCGCUACACACUUGAGAUACACAUACGGAGACCAUGAUGAUGUAGACACGCCGCCUGAAGAACGCCUCGCGUCACACUUGUCGAAACAACUGGAGAACCUGUUAUUUGUUCAGUUUUGGUGUUAUGAAUUCAUUCACUUGAUGAUCAUUUAUGAGCAGGUAGCUGAGGAAUUUAUCUUUACAGUCAAUGGGGAGGAAUUUAAAAGAGUAAGUAUGGAAGAUGGCUUCCAGAAACUCAAACAAAGGUUCUUCCCCCCAGGUUCAGAAGACCUAGAGGCUAAUGAGAGGCCCGGAGGGUAUCGGGUAUGGGGAAAUUGGGUGGAAGAAAGACGGCUAAGGAUGAAGGAGGGCCUUGAACUUGACAACCGAAGGCCUGCGGGGGUGGAGAGCUUCUAUCAGCAAUGA